AUGGUUGAGACGCUUCAGGAGAAGACCUCAGCUGUACUGCUGCCGUUACAAAUGCAGUUACAACCGAUGUGGUUCAGAGUCGCCCCCUGCUGGUGGCUCAACAAAAGCUUUAAAGAAAACGUGUGUGUGUUUGGGGUCAAAGAGUGCGUACUGACUAGUUGCGAACUCUCAGAGACUGACUGUGAAAUUGUGGCCUCAGCUCUAAAGUCCAGUCCCUCACAUCUGAUAGAACUGGACUUGAGCGACAACUCCCUGAAGGAUCCAGGAGUGGAUCAUCUGUGUUCUGGACUGAAGAGUCCACACUGUGGACUGAAGACUCUGAGGUUGUGGAACUGCAGUUUGUCAGAGAUCAGCUGUUCUUCUCUGGUCUCAGCUCUGAAGUCCAACCCCUCCCAUCUGAGGAAACUGGACCUGAGCUACAACAACCUUCAUGAUUCAGGAGUGGAGGUUCUGUGUGGUUUUCUUCAGAGUCCACUCUGUGAACUGGAGUCUCUGUGGUUGAUAGAGUGCAGUUUGUCAGAGAUCAGCUGUUCUUCUCUGGUCUCAGCUCUGAAGUCCAACCCCUCCCAUCUGAGGAAACUGGACCUGAGGUUGAACAACCUUCCUCAUUCAUCAGUGGAGGUUCUGUCUGAUCUAGUGAAGAGUCCAAACUACAGACUGGAGGAUCUGAAGUGGAGGUCCUGAACCUGAUGGAGAUCAUGUUGUCAAUGCAGUGGAGCCAGAAACAAGAAGGAACCUUCAGAGCUUCAGGAAUGUUCUCUGUGUGAGCAUGUAUAACCCACCAAAGACUCAGUCAGUCAAACCAUGUGACCUGAUAAGAACCAAUCACCGUUCUCAGCCUAAUAUUCAGACAUGAUUUUUGGAGCCUAGAGAGGAGAGCAGUGAGGCAGGAUUUCUGAGAAACACUUUGGGACUUUUUUCCUUUCUUUUGUCAAUAAUUAAAGUCAUUAUCGUUGGAUUCUUUCCUCUGGUGUUGGAGCAGAGCAUUAUGGGAAAGGGCAUUAUAGUAUGUUGGGUUUACUUCCAUGCCAGAAUGGGCAACACAUAUUUGUCAGGUCAUAGUCCAGUUUUGAAUUUGAUGUUGCUCGGAGCAGAACAAUACUUUUGAACGUAAUGUAUGUCUCCUAGAGAAAGAUA